AUGUCAACCCCUGUCCUCCGCCUAGGCAUCCUAGGCGCCACGAACGCCGUCCAAGCAACCUACCUCCCGGUCCUCCGUUCCCUAAAAACACACUACACCCUCACAGCCAUCUACGACCCCAACGCCGAGAUCGCAAAGCAAUGCCAAUCCCGCUUCGACAUAACCUACAGCACCACAGUCGUCGAAGAUGUCCUGCGCCAUAAAGAAGUGGACGUCAUCCUCAACCUCCUCCCAAUGGAGUACCACGAGCAAUACACCGUGACAGCCCUCGAAGCCGGCAAAGACGUCAUGGUCGAAGUGCCCCUCACAAUGAGCAUCUCAAGCCUGCGCCGGAUCCGCGAAGCAGUCAAGAAAGGCAAAGUCUCCCGAUCCCUGGACGGCACCAGCGAAACAGACGGCCCAAAGGUAUUCGUCGGAUGCGCGCGCCGCUACGCCCCCUGCUUCACAGAAGUCUUUAAAAAGGAACUCGCGGCCCUAGGCCGCGUGUACUACGCGCGCUGCCGACACAUCGCCGGCCCAAUGAACCACAUCGGCACACCAACCUCGAGAGACAUCGCGCCGUCAAUGAAGAGCAACAAUAACCCGGAGCAGUUCCGCGCACUGCUGAAUGACGUCUUCGGGUCGGAAGAGGAUCUCACACCUGACAGAGUCGCGUUCUGUCGCUACCUCGGCAUGCUGGGGUGUCAUGAUCUAUCGGUGAUGCGCGAGUCGUUGGGAUUCCCAGAUGCGGUUUCUAAUGUCGCUAUCACGGACCCGUUCUACUCGGCCAUUUUCCACUAUACGAAUUCCGCUGAGAAUAACGGUCACCCGUUCAUACUUGUCUAUGAGGCUGGGGUUGAUGCCAUACCCCGUUGUGAUGCUCAUUUGACUGUCUACGGCGCGCACAAGACUCUCAGCGUGGAGUAUGACUUCCCCCGUCCUGGGGAGAAAAUCAGUACUGGGACUUAUGUGCGGGUUGUUGUUGAGGAAGCGGAUGGGACGACGGAGUCGGAUAAUGUUAAUGGAAAUCAGAUCAAUGUGGUGGAGAAUGCUGUUCCUCGGCCUCGUGUGAGGCGGACGGAGACUGUCAGUACCUGUGACGAGGCGUAUGAGCGUGAAUUCAUGGCUCUGCAUUCUUAUCUGGUUGGUGGCGCGUCGGCGGCGAAGACAACUGCUGACGACGCUGUCAUGGACCUGCGGCUGCUGCUUAUGAUCUUUGACCAUUACAACCGCCAAUGCGGUACCAUUCGGACUCCGUUAGGUUGA